AUGGCAGAUUUAGAAAGUAAAUUGCUGGGCGAAAAACUGCAUUACUACUGUAGUAGCAGUGACGAAGAUGAGCCAAUGCUUGACAGGGAUCCUCCCAAACAGUCAAAGUCAGACUGGGACGGGACAUCGUCCAACACUGGACCAAAAGGAGUACUUAACGAUUGGGAACAAUACAAAAGACAGCAGUCUGCCCAGAGGAUACAGCGUGAAAAAGAUGUAUUAAAGCAGAUAAAUGAUAUGGCUCUAACGUGUAAGUCAGAGGCUGAAGAAUUAGAUGAUCAAUUCCUAGCUGAAUACCGUAAAAAGCGGAUGAAGGAAAUGAUGGCCAAGACUCAAGAAGCACCGGAAUUUGGUAAAGUCUUUGAUUUAUUAACUGGAGAUGACUUUUUAGUUGCAGUCGAGAAUGAAAAUCCCUAUGUAACUGUUAUUGUGCAUGUUUAUGAACACAAUGUGCCAACGUGUUCAAUCAUGAACUCAUGUUUGAAAGUUCUAUGCCGCGAAUUUCAAAAAACAAAAUUUUGUAAGCUAAUUGGUUCAAGUGCUGGUAUGAGUUUAAACUUCAAAAUGUGUGGAGUUCCAGCUUUACUUGCAUAUAGAGCGGGACAACUUGUUGGAAAUUUUGUACGAAUUACAGACGAACUAGGAGAUGACUUUUAUGCCGGUGACGUUGAAAACUUCUUAAUUGAAAAUGGUGUUCUUUCAGAUAAAUCAUGUAUACCUUCUAUAAUAACCAAUGAAAAUGACAACGAUGAUGAUAUUUAA